CAACCCUGCUCCUUCCUGGGGGGGAAAUGCUGUGUGGUUGAAGGGAAAGAAGUCCACCUCCCCAGAGCAGACAUCAUGACAGCCUCUUUACUGGUCCUGUUCGUUCUCAGUGCCACUCUCUCAGGUUCCCCGGUGACUCUUACAGCCACGGAAGGACUCAGCUCCCUGGCCCAACAUGAAGACGCCCUCCUCAGACAUUUGUUCCAAGGUUAUCAGAAAUGGGUCCGCCCUGUGUUGAAUUCCAGCGACACCAUAAAAGUGUAUUUUGGAUUGAAAAUAUCUCAGCUCGUGGAUGUGGAUGAAAAGAAUCAGCUGAUGACAACAAACGUGUGGCUCCAGCAGGAAUGGACAGACCAAAAAUUACGCUGGAAUCCUGAAGAGUAUGGUGGAAUUAAUUCGAUAAAGGUUCCAUCAGAAUCUCUCUGGCUUCCUGACAUAGUUCUCUUUGAAAAUGCUGACGGACGUUUCGAAGGCUCCCUCAUGACCAAGGCCAUUGUGAGAUCCGGUGGAACCAUCAGUUGGACUCCUCCUGCUAGCUACAAAAGUUCCUGCACCAUGGACGUCACUUUUUUCCCAUUCGACAGGCAGAACUGCUCAAUGAAGUUUGGAUCCUGGACUUACGAUGGUAGCAUGGUUGACCUCAUUCUGAUCAAUGAAAAUGUUGACCGGAAAGACUUUUUUGAUAAUGGAGAGUGGGAGAUAUUAGAUGCAAAGGGCAUGAAGGGUAACAGAAGAGAAGGUUCUUAUUCCUACCCAUUUGUGACCUAUUCUUUUGUUCUGAGACGCCUGCCAUUGUUUUACACCCUCUUUUUGAUAAUCCCCUGCCUGGGGCUGUCUUUUCUCACAGUCCUGGUGUUCUACUUACCUUCUGAUGAAGGGGAAAAGCUUUCACUAUCGACCUCGGUUUUGGUCUCUCUGACAGUGUUUCUUUUAGUAAUUGAAGAAAUCAUCCCAUCUUCUUCAAAAGUCAUUCCUCUCAUUGGCGAGUACCUCCUCUUCAUCAUGAUUUUCGUCACCCUGUCAAUUAUCGUCACAGUGUUCGUCAUUAACGUCCACCACAGAUCUUCUUCAACGUACCACUCCAUGGCCCCCUGGGUGAAGAGGCUGUUUCUGCAAAAACUCCCGAGGUGGCUUUGCAUGAAGGACCCCAUGGACCGCUUCUCUUUCCCUGAUGGAGAGGAGAGGAGAGCAGCAGUGAGGGGCAAAGUCUCAGGGAAAAAGAAACAGAUUCCUACUAGUGAUGGAGAAAAAGUUCUGGUCACUUUCCUGGAAAGGGCGGCUGAGUCUAUCAGGUACAUCUCAAGGCACGUGAAGAAGGAGCAUUUCAUUAGCCAGGUAGUGCAAGACUGGAAAUUUGUGGCUCAAGUUCUUGACCGCAUCUUCCUGUGGCUCUUCCUGACCGUUUCAGUUUUGGGCUCCAUUCUGAUUUUCACUCCAGCCUUGAACAUGUGGCUGCACCAUUCCCAUUAGGAACAACUCUCCAAUCUAUUUAGAAGACACACAGAGAGAUGAGUCUCACCUUAGGACUGACAGCUGCUGGCAUGUUCACAGAAUGCAGAUGUAUGCACUAGCUGUAGCACCCUCGCCUUGUCGACUGAGCUUUCUGUGAUUGGGUGAUCCUGAGAAAAUGUGGGUUUGGACUUACAUGAUGGGUUGCUCUCUUUAGAGAUGGAUUUGGACAAUUCAAGGAGUACUCCAAGUUAUGUUCUUGUGUAGGAGGCCUCUAAUCUCUGCAUCGGUUCAUCCCUGCACUCCUGUAUCUGUCUACUCCACGAACUCCUGCAUCUGCUGAUCCCCCAGGCUCUUCCAUCUGCUCAUCCUUAAAUGCCUGCAUUUCGCCCAUCCUAGUACUUCUGGUAUGUGCCCAACCCAUUGGGGGUUGACCUGAGCUGCAUACUGGUACCACGUGGUACUUCUCUACCAGUGUGGGUGAACACAUUUUGACAACAGUUUCAGGAAUUACACAGGUACAACUCUUGGACAACAACACUGUCAAUGACCGUCCCACAAAUACAGUGUUCAUGGGAUAUGAUCUUGGUUGACUAUGACAGCUCUCUAAGAUGGGUGUGACUGGAAGUUGGGUCACUGCAUUGCAAAGCUUUUCUAAUGGUGCAAGUAGGAAGGCUGGUGAUUAGUGACUUGCUGUGAGAUCGCAUCAAAAUAACUUAGACCAGAAAAGCAGGCAUUAGUUGCUAGAACUGCAUUUCUUAAUGCAAGUCCUCCUUUUCUCAGGAAACUAAAAGUGCUGAAUAUUCUUUGAUCAUGACUUUGGAUAGUGUCUUAGCCAUUGCUCUAUUGAUGUGAAGAGACACCAUGGCCAUCACUACUCUUAUGAAAGAAAACAUUUUUUCCUUUUUAAAAUUUAAAUUAGAAACAAGCUUGUUUUA